AGUUUUCUGAGGAAAAGGUAUCUCUUUAAAAACGAGCGUGUCUUGGUGCUGACUACUGUCUUUUCCCUCCCUCCUAUAAAAGCUGAUCGCUCUCCCUCCUACUGCAGUCAGUUCUCACCGGCCCAGCCAACAUGAGUUUCACGGUAGAGCAUCACUUCAUGGGCCCGAGCUCGUACCGCAAGGCUCGGCCCGCCUCCGUGUCCUCCAGCGGCUUUCACUCCCAGCGCCGUCGCCUCACCUACAGCCAGCCAUCCUCAAUCGACAGCUUGGAGACCUUUAACGGCGACAUGACUCGGAAGAGCGAGAAAGAGAUCCUGCAAGCUCUGAACGACCGGUUUGCCGGCUACAUCGACAAGGUGCGCAACCUGGAGAUGCACAACCGCAACCUGGAGGCGGAAGCGGCGGCGCUGCGGCAGAACCAAGCCGGGCGCGCCUCGGUCGGGGAGCACUACGAGAGGGAACUGGGUGACCUCAGGGGUCUCCUGCAGCAGCUGACCGGAGAGAAGGCCCGCGCGGCUGUGGAGCACGAGCACUUGGAAGAGGACAUCCAGCACCUGCGGGUCAGGCUGGAGGAUGAAGCGCGGAACCGGGAAGAGUUGGAGGCUGCCGCUCGCGCUAUGAAAAAGUAUGUCGAGGAGUGCCGGCUGGUACGCCUGGAGCUAGACAAGAAGCUCCGUGCGCUGGACGAGGAGGCCGCUUUUCUUAAGAAGAACCACGAGGAAGAAGUGGCGGAGCUCUUGGAGCAGAUUCAGAGCGCGCAGGUGAGCUUCGACAUGCGGGACACCCUGAAGGCGGACGUCACCACCGCACUGCGCGAGAUCCGCUCGCAGCUGGACAGUCACGCAUCCAAGACCUCAGUGCACGCCGAGGAGUGGUUCAAAGUGCGCAUGGAGCAUCUGUCCGAGGCUGCUCGGUCUAACCAGGAUGCAAUCCGUGGAACCCAGGAAGAGAUUGCAGAAUACCGCCGCCAGCUCCAGAGCCGCACCAUUGAGCUGGAGACUCUUCGAGGAACCAAGGAGUCACUGGAGAGGCAGCGUAUAGAGAGUGAAGACAGACACCAAGACGACCUCAACUCACUACAGGAAACCAUCAAUCAGCUCGACAACGAGUUAAAAACUACAAAAUGGGAGAUGGCUAGCCAGCUAAAAGAUUACCAGGAGCUUCUGAAUGUGAAGAUGGCUCUGGAUAUCGAAAUUGCUGCUUACAGGAAACUACUGGAGGGAGAGGAGAAUCGCUUUGUGUCAGGUGGAGGCCCAUACUCCUACCUGGAAAGCAGAAUCUCUGCUCACUUGAAAGUAAAAGGAGAAGAGAUCUCUGAUACAGUCAUUGUAGAGGAACAGACAGAUGAAACACAGGUGACGGAGGUGACAGAGGAAGCAGAUGAAGAUGAGGAGGAAAAGAAAGAAGAAGAUGAAGAAGAAGCAGAGGAAGGAGAGGGUGAAGAAACCAAAGAAGAAGAGGGUGAAGAAGAAGAAUCUAAAUCGCCACAAAAAUCACCAGAAGCCAAAUCACCAGCAGCCAAAUCCCCAAUGCCCAAAUCACCUGCCAAGUCCCCUGCAGCCAAGUCUCCUGCAGGAGAUGAGUCAAAGUCACCCGUGUCCAAAUCCCCACCCAGCAAGUCUCCUGAGUCCAAAUCUCCUCCUCCCAAGAGCCCUGAACCAAAGUCUCCAGAGAAGGAGAAGGCCAAACCAUUUUCUGCCAAAGACACCCCUAAAAAGGAGGAAAAAGAGGAGAAAAAAGAGAAGCCUCAGCCUGUCAAAGAGGAAAAGAAGGAGAAAGAGCAGCCUGUGAAGGAGGAGAAGAAGCAGGAACCCAAAGAGAAAGAACCAGAGAAGGUGGACAAACCUGAAACAAAGAAAGAAAGCAAAGAAGAGGAAACACCAAAAAAGGAAGAGGCUUCAAAACCUGUAACUCCCAGCAAGCCUGCUGAGGACAAGCCAGCCCCCAAGUCUGAGGCUAAAGAGAGUACUCCCCCUGCCAAGGAGGAGGAGAAGCCCUCUGCUCCUAAAUCAGAGAAGGCCGAACCUGAGGCAAAGCCAGCUGCUAAAGCAGAGCCUGAGAAAACAGAGAGCAAGAAGGAGGAGAAGAAGCCAGAGGAGAAGAAACCAGAGGAGAAAAAAACAGAGGAGAAGAAGCCAGAAGAGAAGCCUAAAGCAGAGCCUGAGAAAAAAGAUAGCAAGAAAGAGGAGAAGAAGCCAGAGGAGAAAAAGGAGGCUAGUAAAGAGGUGAAGGAAGGAGCAAAGACGGAGAAGGCUGAGAAAUCUUCUGGCACUGAGUCAAAGGAAAGCAAGGAGGAGAAACCCAAGAAGUAAGACAAAAAUGCUGCGUUUCAGGGCUAGAGGAGGAGAUGCCAAAGAUCUGUGAUGGAGGGAGGUGAGGUGAGGAAAGGGCAAAAAGUGACUGAAGAGAAAGAGAAGCUGGAUGUACCCAGCAGUUCAGAUGGGCAAUAAAAUGCCCAAAGCCAAGCAGGUAACAGUAUGUAAGCAAUAGUGAUUUCUGUAGCAAAUACCCCCCCGCUCCCUACGUAUGGCCAUUAUAUGCCCCUGAUGCUUCUGAUGUAUGACUGUAGUGAAUACAGAAUGCUCUUAAACUCUUUAUCAGAAUGUGACAACUGCCCUUAAUCAAUAUCAAGUGCAUUUAAACAGGAUUCCCGCUGAUGGGGGCAGGAGGACCCUGCUGCACCUACGCAAGCCUUCAAGGGUAGAGAUGUCAAACCAAUGUCUAGCUAAAGAUUGUCACAGAUAUUGAAUAUGAAAACUUAUAUUUAGGGAAACACAAAUGUUAUAUUUACGAAUGAAUAAAUAAGGAAGACUUGAAUUUUGCUUGUUGUGCACCUUAAUGCAGCUUCUCCUUACAGGUGAACUGGAGUGUCUCACUCUUCUAGUCUGCAGUGUUAGGACAAUGAUGACUGUGCUCUGUAUAAACUGCUGAGAAUAUGCAAUAUGAAACACAAAAAUAAAGAAUGAAAAAUGAA